ACUACUUAAUCAGGGCGGGCGCUUACAUUUCAUCUAUCUUAUCUUAAUUGCGGUCUUUCAUGGUAAUAGAGCAUCGAUGGAUGUUGUAUGCAGCGGAUUUGUUCUUCUCAUGAUACUGCCUAUCGCACCAGUAGCAAUUGCAGGAGCAGCAAAGGAGUCUGCUGUGAAUUUAUUGGAAGCUGAAGCACUGCGCAAGAGUGGCUGGUGGGGAGACACUACUACUGCAACAAACGUCUCUGCCCAUUGCUAUUGGUAUGGUAUCAUUUGCAACGAUGCUGGUAGUGUUACCGACAUACUACUUCGAAACUACGGAAUUCUAGAUGAGUUGACAAAUUUCAGCUUCUCUUCUUUUCCGAACCUGGUUAGUCUAGAUCUCAUUGGAAAUGGACUUCACGGAGCCAUCCCACAUCAAAUAGGUGCACUCUCCAAUCUCACCUAUCUCACUUUGUCGAAUAAUUUUAUCGAGGGCUUUAUUCCCUCCUCCAUCGCAAACUUGACAAAUUUGGUUACUCUAAACUUGAGCUACAAUUCCUUUUUUGGUCCCAUCCCACCCACUCUUGGCCAAUUGUCCAAUCUAGAAUUCCUGGACCUCAGCAAUAACCACUUCAGUGGGAUAAUUCCUUCAACUCUUUUUAAUUUGACAAAUCUUUUUUGGCUAGACAUUCACUCGAAUCCCAAAAUUGGAGGAUUUCUCCCAGAAGAAAUAGGAAAUUUGAAGAGUUUAACUAAAUUAGACUUGAGUAACAGUAGAUUUUCUGGCAGCAUCCCUCAAACUUUUGGACAAUUGUCCAACCUUGACUCCCUUGACCUCAGCAAUAACCAUUUCAAUGGAACGAUUCCUUCAGCUCUUUUUAAUUUGACAAAUCUUUCCCGACUAUACAUUCACUCAAAUCCCUCAAUGGGAGGAUUUCUCCCAAAAGAAAUAGGAAAUUUGAAGAAUUUAGUUGAAUUAGACUUGAGUAACAGUAGAUUUUCUGGCAGUAUCCCUCCAACUCUUGGACAAUUAUCCAACCUUGACUCCCUUAACCUCAGCAGUAACCACUUCAAUGGGACAAUUCCUUCAGCUCUUUUUAAUUUGACAAAUCUUUCCCAAUUAGACAUUCACUUGAAUCUUAUUUAUGGUUCAAUUCCCUCUGAAAUAGGAAAUUUAAAAAUUUUGAAAUUUCUUGUCCUUGGGUCCAACCGGCUGACUGGACAAAUCCCUCCGACCCUUGGCAAUCUAAAUACUCUGUUUUCUUUGGACCUCUCUUCUAACCAAAUAAGUGGUUCCAUACCCCUUCAACUUUCCGAUAUAUAUUCUCUAAGAUUUCUAGAUCUUUCCUCAAACCAACUUACUGGCUCAAUUCUUACCCAAUUUGGGGAUCACAUUCUUAAAUCCGAGGUGUACUUUUUGUAUUUCAAUCUUUCCCACAAUAUUCUCUCUGGCACUGUCCCCUCGUCUCUUCUGCGACUGGGCAACGUCGACCUGUCCUAUAAUGCUUUGGAAGGUGAGCUUCCGUGUGAGCUUGUCAAUCAGUUUGGUUCAGAAAAUUUUGCCGGCAAUCCAGACUUGCGUUGCCCUUCCACUCUUUGUGGCAUUUCUCCUUGUGUUAUGAAAAAUCACAGACAUCACCCCCCAUACUACAUCAUAGGUCUUGGCGUGCCCUUCUUGGUGUUCUCAUUAAUUGGCGGAUUAGUGCUUUAUAUCUUCCACAGAACCAAAGUCAAGAAAGUGGAAGUUGAGCUGAUGAACAAUAAACAUGGAGACAUUUUCAGAAUAUGGAACUAUGAUGGACAUAUGGCUUAUGAAGACAUAAUUAAAGCAACAAACGAUUUUGAUGUCAGUUAUUGCAUCGGGACAGGGGGGUAUGGCUCUGUAUACAGAGCACGGUUGCCAAGUGGGAAAGUAGUGGCUUUGAAAAAGCUUAACCGUUUGGAAGGCGAGAAUCCAAAUUUUGACAAGAGCUUUAGGAAUGAAGCCGACAUGCUAUCUAAAAUCAGGCACAGGAACAUUGUAAAGCUCUUCGGAUUCUGUCUGCACAAGCGAUGCAUGUUUCUGAUUUAUGAGUAUAUGGACAGAGGAAGCUUGUUUUGUAUCUUGAGAGAUGAAACUGAAGCUAUGGAGCUGGACUGGAUUAAAAGAGUGAAUUUGAUCAAGGGCAUUGCCAGUGCGUUGUCCUACUUGCAUCACGAUUGUGAUCCGCCAAUCAUUCACAGGGAUGUAUCAAGCAACAACAUUCUUUUGAAUUCACAGCUCGAAGCAACUCUUUCUGACUUUGGAACUGCGAGGAUUUUGGAACUUGAUUCAUCAAAUCAAACAGUCAUUGCAGGCACCUUUGGUUACAUGGCCCCAGAGCUGGCCUAUACCAUGGUGGUCACUGAAAAGUCCGAUGUGUAUAGCUUUGGCGUUGUGGUGCUGGAAACGCUGUUUGGAAAGCAUCCACAAGAAUUCCUUUCCUCCUUUUCAUCACAACCCAAUGAACCAAUAAUGCUGAAGGAUCUUCUUGAUGCCCGUCUGCCCCCUCCGACUAACCCUUUGGUGGUUCGAAAUGUGGUUGUCGCAACAGCGUUAGCCCUGGAUUGCAUCAAUGCAAACCCGAAAUGUCGACCAACAAUGCAGCAAGUGGUGAACCGAUUUGAAGUGGGCAGGCGAGAAUCAACUAGGCCUUUGCACACCAUUGCUGUGAAUCAGCUUGUCAGUCCACCAGUACUUUCACUGCCUGACCAAACCUACACAGAUGGACAAGUGGUUUAAGCACCACAAAUGAAUUCCAAGUGGAUAUCUCUGCCAUCAUCCAAUUUUUCUGUCCAUGUUUUUACCUAAACAACUUUGACAUCUGGUAGGAAACAGAAUAAGAUCGUGCUUUGCAAAAUACAAACUUGACCAAGCACUUAGAUUGCUACAUACUACCAAUUAGUGUGCUAAUGAAAAUAAAGUGUACUAAUUAAUGAACAAGUGCUUGGAUUCCCGGUAGUUCAUCAAUUGAGGAAAACGCUGGUGAUUCCGUUUUUUUUUUUU